UCCGCGGUGACGCAUGACGCACAGACGUCUCCACCAUAUCGUCACUUGGCGUAUGAUAACAAUAAACAACCCCUGAAACAAGAGAUACGAACCGACAAGACCGUUUCGUUUCAAUUCGACACAAACGGGCUGAAAGUAUGUCCCGAGACGGCUACAGUCGGUUGGAGUAACGUCUCGUUAAGUAACGUGGGAGGCUCGUCGGUUGUGACACAAAGUAUUUUCUAGUUUUUGUGUCAAACCCCUUCCUUAGCCCCUUGUAGCUAGCUGUGGCUCAUUCCUCAUUUUUGCACACUUUGUGUUGGUCUGUUAUGCAGUUGCCAGAGGACUGUUCUUGUACUCGUUCUCCUUGCCACUUCUUCGCUCCCUCUCCCCGCUCUCUUUGGCCCUAUGUCUCGCUGGCUUUUCCCCUGGUCCGGCUCAAUCAAGAAGCGGGCCUGUCGGUACCUCUUACAGCACUACCUCGGUCACUUUUUGCAGGAACGUCUGAGCUUGGACCAGCUGGGCUUAGACCUAUACAACGGCAGCGGUGUCAUCAAGGAAAUCAACCUCGAUGUGUGGGCGGUCAAUGAGCUUUUGGAGUCUCUGGGGGCUCCACUGGAGAUAGUGGAUGGCUUUGUGAGCAGCAUAGCAGCGACCAUCCCUUGGCAAGCUCUUCUGACCGAUCACUGCACCUUAGAAGUUUCUGGUCUUCAAAUAACAUGUCGUCCCAAGUAUCGGACCAGUGGGGGGUGGGAGUCCCAAGGCUGGUCAUCAAGCAUGACCUCCAGCAUGCAACUGGCUCAGGAGUGCCUGAAGGACCCCCCAGAGGCAUCGGAGGAGCCGCCUGCCCCCCUGGAGGGGCUUGAGAUGUUUGCACAAACUAUUGAGACAGUCCUUCGUCGCAUUAAAGUCACCUUUGUAGACACUAUCAUCCGCAUUGAACACCAGCCCCUGGACCUGGAAACAGGCAUUGCCUUAGAGGUGCACAUCAAACGGCUGGAGUACUUCGACGAGGCGGUGCGAGAUCCAGCCAGCCAGACUGCUGUGCCUGUUGACAUCCACCAGCCGCCUGCCUUCCUGCACAAGAUCCUCCAGAUGAGUGCUGUUCAGCUGUUCUACGACAGCACCGGCAUAGUACAGGGUCCUCCGGAGGAGGUUCGCCAUGAUUCAGCCAUGGCUAGUGAAGGAGAGGAGGAAGAGGAAGAGGAGGGGGUAAAGCCCCUGGUAACCCCUCCCUGUCCUCCAUCUCAGCCAUUACUCAUAGGGAGUUGUUCUGGUUUCAUCGAAACCACCGUCAAGGUCAAACAGAACGACAUGCUGCCUGGACCAAAGUUGGAAUUGGAUGGAAAGGUGGGCUGCGUACACAUGCUGCUGUCUCCAGAUCAAAUCACCCAUCUGAUAGACCUGCUGGCAGCUCUCAGCAUAGACACUGAGCCAGAGACUAAUUGUGGAGUACACAGCCGCCCAUUAGACACAGACGACCUGCGUAUGAUUGAGGAGGACCUCAGUAAGCAGCUGGGCUCCAGUCCCAGAGACGGGGAGUGGGAGGCAGAGCCUGAAUUGGAGCCUUACAUUACCCUUCUGGAGAAUGGAGAAAUGUUUUAUUCCAUGGGUCCUGGGAUGAGCAGUAGUGUGACGUCUAUGCGCUCCGGCAGCGAGCUGUCAGACAGUGAUAUGGAGUCUUCUACACACAGUCUAGCCAGCCUCUCACAACCCACAGCUCUGUCUGCACAGGCACAGUCUGGCAUGAUGAAUUGUCCCAGGAGAUAUCCUGUAGCCGGCUGCCUGUCAAGUCUACCACAGGCCAGCAGCCGGACCAGAGGACGUUCACACAGCGGCCAGGCAGAGCAGCUGAAGCCUGAUGCUUUACUGCGGCUGACGCUUGGUGGGCUCACCUUGACCCUGCUGCAGGAGGAGCCGUCGUCUAGACCUGACAGACCCUCGUCACUGGCUCAGGUGUCUCAGAUGUUCUUCCAGGAGCUGACAUUCUUUAAGGACAGCAUGUUCAGCGAGAGAGACUUCAACCAUCUGAGACAAGGCUUCGCCAAAGCCUGCCCACACUCCCAUCUCAGACUGACGGGAGCAGCAGUGCAGGUUGCUUGUGAGAUGCGGAGCGGGAGGCGUCGCAGUCGGACUAUGACCUCUGACCUUUCCUUCAGCAGACUGGAGCUGUUGGAGUCCCUCUGGCAGGACGGGAAGCCUGAGUACAGUGAGCUGCUUCAGUUCCACAAAGCUGGUCUGUUCAAAGUUGGAGCUGCAGCCAGACCUUGUGCCCAGAUACACUACAGCCUCAGUGAGAAACACCUGCGUAAGGGAAAACAGCGGGUUGUGCGGCGGGACAGUGUGUUGCGGGUGGAGCUGGCAGAGCUGAGCGCUGAGCUGGAUCUGGACACCCUCUGUCGCCUGCAGAGCCUCAGCAAAGCCUUCAGCCACUGUCCCACACAGACUGCUGGACCGGGACUUGCACAGACUCAGAGCAGUGAGCUGUGCUCCUCCUUCACCCUCCUCUCACCUCAUGCGGUCCUCAGACUUCGUUUCCCCAUACCUGACUUGCGACCCCCCCCUAAGCGUCGACCUUCGACCCAGAGGUCACUGCGGCAAGAGACCUUGGUGCUGGAGCUGUCGGAGCUGGAGCUGAACCACCGGGAGGCUCCAGACCUCCAGGGCGAGCAGUCUGCUCCGAGCCAACCGUGGGCUCCCUGCCUCACCCAGCUGCUGGAAGCCUCAUUUACCGAUCUGCAUGGGACAUACGAGGGCUGGGAGGGCGGCUCUUUCCCCUGUAUCAGAGUGAAGAAGAGCCGUGACACUCUGCCCAGGAUAUCAGUGCGUGUGCGUGGAGGUGAGGCGCGGGACCUGGCAGCAGGUCUGGGUGGGAUGAACCUGGGCCUCAUCAGGGACCUGGGGGCCGCCUUCUUUGAAAGUCACUGUGAACUCAACGACAAAACCAGCUCUCCAUUCUCCUCCAACCGCACCAUGUUUGAGACUGAGGAGAUGGUGAUUCCAGCCGACCCAGAGGAGAUGCGUCAGUUUCAGGCACAGUGUGUUGCACAGUGUCAGUGUGCUGUGGAUGUCAGCCUGCCGCUGGCCUACGUCCUCCUGCCAAGCAAACAGGCCUUCCAGAGCAUCUACAACAGGAUCAAUAAUGAUCUAUUGAUGUGGGAGCCGCCUCCCCCUCCUCCCCCCUCAGCUGACAGCCGCAACCACAGCCGACAUCACCAUGAUGAGUUCCAACUCUGCAAGUCUGCCUUUAGACUGGACUCUGACUCAGAAGAGGACGAGCCUCAGUUCUACUUGGCCAGUGAAUCCUCUGGAAGGACGCAACUGUCAGCUCCCCAACCCAACCACAACCUCAGUCUUCUCUCCCUCACUGUGAUUAUCAGCAAAGGUCGCCUCCAAGCCAGAACAGACAGGAAGGAAGACCAGAGUCAUGGGGAACUUGUACUUGAUCUGGAAGGGGGGAAGAUAUUCACUGUGGCACAGCACCAUAAUGAUCCCAAUCUCAACUUCCUGUGUCUAGAGAGUAGACGAGUUGAGCUUUAUCAUCGAGCAGUGGUGAAAGACACCCCCAUCCCACAGCGGUUGGAAAUGCCCAACUUUAGCCCCCCGAGGAACUUGGACCCUACCAUCUACCCCACAGAGGUGGGGGUGAGCAGUGUGAGUGGCAGGGGGGGGGAGGGGUUGUCCACAGCCAUCAAAAUCACACUGGACCUUCAGAGGAAUGUCAAGGAGUUUGUGGUUGCCCUUCGACUUCAGGGUGCCACCAUGCGACAUUACAUGACACAGACCGAUCAGAGCUGGCAUGAGCAGCUGGUUGACUUCUUAGAUGUCGUUGAUGAUCCCAUUUUGGGAUACACAGCACCUGCCAUCAUCACUGUCCUCCACACACACCUUGCCACCUGUGCCGUUGACUACAGACCUCUGUAUCUUCCACUGCGAGCGUUGUUCACAGCGGAGUCCUUCUCUCUGUCCAGUAACAUAAUCGUAGACACUGCCACGUUCCACCUCAGAUUUAUCUUGGAUGACUCUGCUCUCUACCUCUCUGACAAAUGUGAGACUGAUACUGUGGACUUGAGGAGAGAUUAUGUGUGUGUCCUGGACAUUGACCUGCUAGAGCUCGCCAUCACCACAUGGAAAGGCACUGAUAAGGGCAAACUGUCUCAGCCUCUCUUCGAGCUCCGCUGCUCCAACAAUGUGGUCCACCUUCAUACCUGUGCUGAUUCUUGUGCUGCCCUGGUCAAUCUGCUACAGUACCUGGUCUCCCAGGGUGACCUGCACCCCCCGCCGCGGCAGACCUCACCCACUGAGAUUGCUGGCCAGAAAUUACCACUUUCAGAAAGUCCUGCCUCUUUGCCACCCUGCCCUCCGGCUGAAACCGCUGAGAUCAACCAGUACGAUCUGGCUGAUGCCUUAAUUGACACAGAGAAGAGCCACCAAGAAGAGAGUUUAGAUCGAGGUUCGCCCUCCAUGCCGAGAGGCUCGCCUGUCUCCGUCUACCUGUUCCCUGGUGAAGCCUUGAAGCUUGGCCCCUCAGACCUGCAGGGGGAGGACUCUAAGCUUGAUGGGUUGAUUACAACAGCAACAGAGGUGCAGGCAGAUAUGUUGUCAGAGGAAGGUUCAGAUGAGUCCACUGACAAUGACGACUUCUGCAUCCUGGAGGCUCCUGGCAUGAGCAUUCCUCCCAGGGAUGGGGAGCCUGUGGUGACGGUGUUCUCUCAGGAGCCCAUCAGGGUGAAGGACAGUCACUUCUCAAGGCCUCGAGGCAGCUCAGACCUGCUUCGAGCCCCCAGCCGCUUCCCUGUGCCCCAGAGCAGGGUGGUGCUGAGGGAGAUCUCUGUGGUCUGGCAUCUCUAUGGGGGCAAGGACUUUGGUGGCAAGCCUAUGUCCAUGCAUGCACAGAAUGCAAACAGAGGUCGUUCAGUCCCUGCUGGUGUUCGUGGCUCUCCAUCUCGCGCCGUUGCUUCCUCGCGUCCCCAGAACUCCUGGCGCUGGGCUGGAGGCAGUGGGCGUCAACACACACUGCUGAUGGAAAUCCAGCUCACCAAGGUGUCCUUCCAGCAUGAGUCCUACCCAGUGGCAGUAGCAGGGCAGGAUGGGGAUGGGUCAGUAGUGGCUGGGGUCAUGGUUGGCCCCAGGGAUGAGCAGCCCCUCUCCAGGCAGGUUUUCAUUGUUCAGGAGCUGGAGGUUCGAGACCGGCUGGCCUCCUCACAGAUCAACAAAUUCCUCUACCUCUACACCAGCGAGAGCAUGCCUCGCCGAGCCCACUCUAACAUGCUGACAGUUAAGGCCUUGCAGGUUUGUCCAGAGUCUGGGCUUGGUGGUCCAGAGUGCUGUCUGCGUGUCAGCCUGUUGCCACUACGACUUAACAUUGACCAGGAUGCACUGUUCUUCCUGAAAGACUUUUUUAGCAAUCUGGCUUCCUCUGUGAACCCUUACCUGCCUGUGGACCCUGCAACUGAAGCGAAGGCAGAUCACACCUUGAAGGUGUCGGAGGAGGUGGAGGCAGCUGCUGGUCUGGGCCCUGAUCUUACAGCUUCUAUGGAAACUACCUACAGUGAGCAGAGCUCCUCGUCUGCAGGCUCCACUUCCUCCUCCGACCAGCCAAUCUACUUCCGGGAGUUUCGUUUCACCUCUGAAGUGCCUAUCUGGCUGGACUAUCAAGGCAAACAUGUCGUCAUUGAACAGGGAACGUUUGCUGGGAUUUUGAUCGGUCUGGCCCAGUUAAAUUGUUCUGAGUUGAAACUGAAGAGGCUCUGCUGCAGACAUGGUCUCCUUGGUGUAGACAAAGUGAUUCAGUAUGCUGUCACAGAGUGGCUGACAGAUAUCAGGAAAAAUCAGCUGCCGGGCAUCCUGGGAGGUGUUGGCCCUAUGCACUCUGUUGUCCAGCUGUUCCAUGGAGUGAGGGAUCUGUUCUGGUUGCCCAUAGAGCAGUACAGGAAAGAUGGACGCAUUAUUCGGGGUCUCCAGAGGGGGGCAGCAUCUUUUGGCACCUCCACUGCAUCAGCUGCUUUGGAGCUCAGCAACAGGCUGGUGCAGGCCAUACAGGCUACAGCAGAGACAGUGUAUGACAUCCUUUCUCCAACACCUCCCCUGAAUCGCUAUGCCAUCACUGAGGGCCGGGCCCCCUCUGGCCGGCCCCGCAGAGCUGCCCAACCUGCAGAUCUCAGAGAAGGUGUGGCCAAGGCCUACGACACCGUCAGAGAGGGAGUGAUUGACACAGCUCAGACUCUGUGCGAUGUAGCAUCCCGUGGCCAUGAGCAGAAGGGUCUACCUGGUGCUGUGGGCGGCGUCCUGCGGCAGAUCCCACCCACCGUGGUUCGACCCUUGAUAGUGGCCUCUGAAGCCACGUCCAACCUGCUCGGAGGCAUGCGGAACCAGAUCAAACCAGACGCCCGGAAGGAGGAUUUCCUUAAGUGGCGCACAGAAGAUGGCCAGGACUGAUGAUGGCUUGUUUGUGUGUGUGUGUGUGUGUGUUGGUGUGUGUGUGUGAGUGAGUGAGAGAGAGAGAGAGAAAGAGAAAGAGAGAGAGAAUGAAAAUGUGUGGGAGAGAGAUUAUGAUUUGGGAAAAUAUCAAAUAAUGAAGCAAAUCCAACUUUGAAUGUGUAUUUGUGUGUGUGUAUGGACUGAGAGUCGAUGUGCGCUCCAAUGCAAAAACAAAGCAGCAACUGACUGCAGUUACUAACACGCAGUGUUUUUAUGUGGCUCCAUCAUAUGUGGACGUACCAGAU